CACAUGCGAAUCGACCUGGUGAACAUUAAAAGAUUCCGGAGCGAUUCAACAAAAUUGAACAGACUAAAUAUGUUUCAUUUAACCAAAGUGUGCAUGGAAUCAGUCUCGUAUAUGGUUUUACCUAUAACUGUAUAAAAGCAUCAGAUAAGAGUCACCCCAAUCCAAUUACACGUACAUAUUUACAAUGGUUGUGUAACGGCGAUGUUUAUUAAUACACACACGCCGUUUAAAGCAGGUUAUUGUAGGAAAACAUAUAUUUCCAGUGCACAACCACCACUACUGCCGAAGCCAAAUAGGAAUUCCGUCAUUUUAGGUUCAAGUCACAUGGUUCCUUCGAAGGGAAAAAAAGUUGUGCUUUUUCUAUAUCCAGCCAGCUUUCUUAAAUAGUAGUUGGUUAUAUAUACGAGUGUUGGGUGGGUGGUAAAGUUUCAAAGUUACUAGAAGGAGAGAGAGUUAAAUAAUUUCACAAAACCGGCACUUACAUAAUACCGACGCAAAUACAGAGUCCAUGUUGGCGAUUAGCCCGUUAACAUAGGAAAACAACAUACAAUUUUUGCGACACAAACCCCCUGAAUGCUGAAUGAGAAUUAUCAAAUAUUCACUAUAAUCACAUGUUGACAAACCGUAUUAAAGAAUUAGUGCGGACAAUCAAUGGAUUCUCACUCCAGUUCCACUGGAUCCUUCCUAGACAACGGGUGUCAGCCUGCAGACGCAGUUGUUACCAACGGAGCAAUGUUCAAGUCACCCAUAGUCCAAAAUGGUAGCGACGCUUAUCCCAGCAGUGACCUCAGAAAGUCGUCAUCGUUAGCGGGAAAAAUUGCAGCAGCAAAUGGAUACACCCUCGGCUCAGACGCUAUACUUCGAAAUGGCCACCAUCGAAACUCACCAACAGAGUCAAUAAAAAAUCUAAAUUCAAAAAAUUCCACAUUAACCACAACAAAUGGAUUGAUAUUUAAAGACAAAUCUCUAAAGAAAGAAAGACCAAGUGAAGAAGUGGUUCAUCAAAAUGGGGGACACACACUGAAACCUGUAAAUGAUCAAGGCAUGCUCACUGCCAAAAUGCAGACCUUAAAGUCUCCUCCUCCAUCGUCCGACGCUUACAACUCUAAUGCAAAUGGAAAGUCAAAUUCCCAUCAUUAUACGGAAUCUGACUCCAUAUCGUCUGCAACAAAAGAUUCCCAUAAACAUGUAGACUUUACAUCUAGUGUUACAAAAUACGUUAUUCUUGGGGUAAUUUUGGCCCUUGGCUUUGCUUCAGGCAGCAAUUUUCAAGACUUGACACUCACAAUAAUUGCUCAAUUUUCCACAUUGGGCAUUCUCUUGUGGGCAAUUUAUCGACACCGGAGAUGGUGUCUUGCUGCUCUGAAGACUAUUCCACGAGACAUUGUAGGAGCAUAUCGAUAUGGAAGAAUCCUGUUGCAUGUGACCUACUGUCAGCGUAAAAAUUGGACCUUUCUUCACAUGUUUGCUGAAAAUGUGAAAAGACAUCCAAACAAAGUUUGUUUUUAUUUUGAGGACGAAGUCUGGAGUUUUAGAGAUAUCGACGAGGAAAGCAAUCGAAUCGCCAACUAUUUUGCGUCCCAGGGACUACAAAAGGGAGAAUGUGUCUCUGUUUUUAUGGAAAAUCGGCCAAUGUACGUCUGCAUAUGGCUUGGACUCAGCAAAAUUGGUGUGAUUCCUGCUUUGAUAAACUUCAACUUAAGACAACAACCACUUAAACAUUGCUUCGAGGUUGCAAAGCCCAAGGCUAUUAUUUUUGGUCAUGAAUUAGGAUUAGCUAUCAACGAAGUUAUCGAGCUCGGUCCCCUCCCAAAAUGCGACCUGUAUAGCACGGGACAUGGCGAUGAACAAUUGUUGUUCAAUUCGCUGGAUUUGGAUGUAAAAAUUAAAUCCUAUUCCAAAGAAGCUCCAGUUAUUUCCACUCCCAUAAAUUUUUCUGACAAGUUGCUUUACAUUUUCACCUCCGGAACAACUGGUUUGCCCAAGGCUGCCAUAAUUAAGCAUUCUAGAUUCAUCUUUUUCACGAUGGGCAUACACUACUUUGUCGGUAUUUCUAACGAUGAAGUCAUUUAUGACCCACUUCCGUUGUACCAUACCGCCGGUGGGAUGAUUGGCGUUGGUCAAGCAUUGAUUCAUGGAUGUACAGCAGUUCUCCGAAGGAAGUUUUCUGCAUCUUCGUACUUUAAAGACUGCGCAAGAUACAACUGCACUGCCGCCCAAUAUAUUGGAGAAAUUUGUCGCUAUCUACUGUGCCAGCCUCCAAAUUCGAGUGAUAAAAAUCACCAAGUUCGUUUAAUGUUUGGAAAUGGUCUUCGUCCUCAAAUCUGGGAAAAAUUUGCCAGUCGAUUCAAUAUUUCCAUCAUCUCAGAAUUUUAUGGAGCAACAGAAGGAAAUUGCAAUAUAAUUAAUAUUGACAAUCACGUUGGAUCUGUUGGGUUUAUAUCCAUAAUUCUUCCAUUUAUCUACCCCGUAACACUCAUUCGAGUUGAUGAAGCAACAGGCGAAGUUAUGCGUGACCCCAGGACAGGAUUAGUCUUAAGAUGCAAACCCAAUGAGCCAGGAGAAUUGGUUGGAAAAAUCGUUCCGAACCAUCCCGUCCGAGAAUUUGAUGGCUAUGCAGAUUCCAACGCAACUACCAAGAAAAUAGUCACCGAUGUAUUCCGCAAGGGCGAUGCCGCUUUCAGAACAGGGGAUGUUCUUAUCAUGGACGAGUGUGGAUACUUUUACUUCAAGGAUCGGACAGGAGACACAUUUCGAUGGAAGGGAGAAAAUUGUUCUACUGCCGAAGUUGAAGCAGUUGUUAGUAACGUGUGCGGAUUAAAGGACGCUGUGUGUUAUGGUGUUGAAAUUCCCUUCACAGACGGCAGAGCAGGAAUGGCCGCUAUUUUGGACCCUGAUGCUUCCCUGGAUUUUGAUUCUUUAGCUCAUGGAGUCACAAAGUCUUUGCCAUCUUACGCUCGUCCACUAUUUGUAAGAAUUGUGAAGCACUUGGACAUGACAGGCACGUACAAAAUGAAAAAGAUUGAUCUACAAAAGGAGGGUUUCGACGUUACCAAAAUCUCUGAUGGGAUAUUUUUCCUAUGCAAUGGAAAAUACGUGCGAAUGGACAAUGAACUGUACUCAAAAAUUAUAUCCGGCUAUCUUCGACUAUAAUGAGUGCACUACAACAUAAAACGAUUUAGGAGCAACUAUUCAAAUUAAUUAUGUAUCUUACUUAACUAGCGAGCUUGGCCUUUGAAAUUACGAUUAGAGAAAUAUGAAAUAUGUAGCAUAGCAAAGAAAGAAAGCCCACAUAAGGAAAACUACUUAAUAUGUCUUUGCUUCGGCUUCUGCCUUUGAUGCUCAAUUCCGUCACAUAUUCAGCAUUAUAUUUGUUGUAAUAUGUAUUUAGUAGUAUUGUUGAUAAAUUAAAUAUUCCUUCAGCUUCCUAUAUACCAACUACUUAGUAUGAUUUGUACAAUAACAAUUUUUACAAUGCGUUAGGUUAUAGGGUAUAUGUAGAUUAUGUAUCAGCGUAAAGACUUGAAUUUUGCGAAAAUAUUAUUCUAAUCAACAGAAUAGGAAUCAAAAUAGACAGCUAGUCUAAAGAUCACUAUUCAAAUUAGUUGGCGUCGCAGGUCUCGUCGUCGACUACGCCUUUUUGCAAUGCAGCAAGUACAUACUUAUUAAAAAUACGAAUGCCUUUGGAAAUGACUAUUAUACAUAAUUAUACAUACUAUAUUUACUUACAGAGCAAUGACAUUCAUAUUUGUUAUCCCAGUAGAUAAAUCCUUGGGAUGAUGGCUAGAAAGAAAUUAAUGAGACAGGAAAAAAUGCAUUUUAUCACUUUUGACUUAUCAAUUUUUAAACCAGGAGAUAAAUAUGUACUACUACAUAUACAUUAAUGUAUAUGUCUGUCCUGCUGGCUGUACCACACAAAUGAAAUUCAACUCGACUGAAUUGUACAAUAUCGAAUGAAUCGAGAAAUUUUAUGAAAUUACGCGUUUGAUUUAGGUAUGAUUUUUAACUUAUAUGUAAAACUGAUGUUUCCUACCGACAUGUAUGUACUUUAUUAUAAGCUACAUACAUACUUUUAUCUACAAAUUAUUCCAGCGUCUUAUUAGUAUUUUAUUUUAUUAUCUUAGUCACGUAUACCGCUCAUAAUAUUAUCGUCCACUUUCUGUAAUUGCCAACCCCUGAGACGUACUUUUAUAUGUGUGACAUGCAUAAUAAUAUGGUAAACGAUACUGAAAUUAUUAUGCUGUUGAAAUUGUCGCAAUCAUGAAGAACAAUGCAAAAUAAAACGAAAAUACUAAAAUUAAA